AUGUGUGAUAAAAAGUUUAACUUCAGUCAUAUAGUACUAACCUCAAACCUUAAUGGUCUAAAGAAAUGGGUUAUUCUUUCACAACCACUGCACCAUAGUUGGAUUCCUGCUAAAGAAAAGGCUGAUAGGAACCAAUUUGAAAAAAUUAUUUCCUAUAUUGAGCAUGGAGAGAAAGAAGGAGCAACACUCUUGACUGGAGGUAAGGCAGUGGGCAGCAAGGGCUACUACAUUGAACCUACAAUUUUCUCCGAUGUAAAGGAGGACAUGCUAAUAGCAAAGGAUGAAAUAUUUGGCCCUGUGAUGGCACUAAUGAAGUUUAAGUAA